AUGAUUUAUCGUGAAAAAGAUGCCGAUUAUCAAAGUGCACUUUAUUAUGAUCUUAUUCUUAAUGAUAUUGUUUUGUCGGAUUGUGAUGAAUCAGCUGAACAAUUACAACAUCUACUUAAUAUCGAUUGUGCCUUGGCUUUAAGCGUUUGCAAAAGUCGAAAUUUACCAUCAUGUGUCUUUGUCUUAAGUCUUUUAUAUAUGAAACGUAUACGUUCACUUCGUUCAGCAACAGCAUUAACAAAAAUUGAUAAUUUAACAACAAAAGAAUUAUAUUUAAUAGCAACAUUAAUUGCUGAUAAAUAUCUUAUUGAUGAAGGUGAAAAUGAACAAUUAUUUAAUUCUGAAUUAGCUGAAUUAACUGGUAUUCGUAUUGAACGUAUUAAUUUAAUUGAACGACAAGUUUUAGUAUCAUUAAAUUGGAAUUUAUAUAUAUCAAAUGAUGAAUAUAAAAAAUUUUUUUCAGUAUUUAAAAAUCAAAUAAUGAAAAAAUUAAAUAAAACAUCUUCAAAUGAAAAAAUUGAAAUUGAAGAUUCAAUUCAAUUUUAUAAUUUUUGUUUUCAAAUAUUACCACAAAUUAUUGAAUGUCUUGCAUUAACAAGUUUAGUUCUACUUGGUUCAACAUUAUCAAUAUUAACAGCUAUACAUAUGAGUACAUUAACACAUUCAACAUUAAUGAAAACAUUAAAUCCGACAAUGAAUUGUGUUGAUUCAUCGAUUUGUUAUUCGAAUGAUCAUGAUUAUAAAAAUGUGAGUCUCAUAAAACAAAAUAAUUUAUUCAAUAUUGAUGGACAUUCCUGGAUAUUACAAAAUGAUUUUAUGAAUGAAACUACAAAUGAAUAUCAAUCAUCGAAAUUAUACUUUGAUAUAUCGUCUUGUUCAAUUAAUUUUCUUCAACCAUAUUCAUUAUCUAGACCACUUGUUCAAACAUUAUAG